AUGGCUUGCUGUGCACUACAAAUCAUUGGUCUAAUAUUUGGAGGCGUGGGCAUGGUCGGGACUUUGGCAGCUACAGCUAUGCCACAAUGGAGAGUUUCUGCCCACAUUGACAGUAACAUCGUGGUGUUUGAGACUAUCUGGGAAGGACUGUGGAUGGACUGCAUCAGCCAGAUGGGCAUCAGGCUACAGUGCAAGUUCUAUGACUCUAUCCUGGCUCUUCCCCCACCCUUAGAGGCGUUCAGAGCCCUCAUGUGCACUGCAGUGCUCCUGUCAAUCAUUGCCUUUUUGAUGGCCAUUGUUGGUGUGAAGUACACUCACUGGACCAAGGAGGAUCCCCAGGGCAUCAGUAUCUUCAUGUUAGCAGCUGGAGUUGCCUUUCUUGUGACGGGCGUCCUUGUUCUGAUCCCUGUGUCCUGGACUGGUGGCAGCAUCAUUCAUGACUUCUACGAUGCAAAAGUCCCUACGCCAUUGAAACGAGAACUGGGAGCUGCUCUCUACGUGGGCUGGGUGAGCGCUGCAUUUCUUGUCAUGGCGGGAGCAAUGUACUGUAGCUUCUGGUGCUGGGCUGGAACAACCCCAAAAUCUAGGUAUCCUUCACUUCCUCAUCACAGAUUGCACAAACCUAACACGGCAGGAGGGACACUGCUAAGCAUGCAGGCGUACGUGUAG